CAAAACAAUUCUUCUUCAAAAGUUUUCAUAAAGCCAUGUCUGAAUCACGUUUGCAUUUGCAUUUUCUCUCGCUAAUCUUGCUAUGUUGGGUCUCCACUUCAAGCUUCUUCGAUCUAAACAUUGACUACAGUAGUUAUGUCGCUUGUCAUCCCCAUCAGACUAAAGCUCUCACUGAGUUCAUGAAUGAGUUUGAUAGCAGCUACUGCAACCUCAAUGAUCCCUUUAAUGGAGUCUGGUGCGAUAAUUCGACCGGUGCGGUCACAAUGCUACGACUCCAGUCCUGUCUCAGUGGAACUCUAAAGCCUAAUAGUAGCCUCUUCAGGUUACAUCAUCUUCGUCACCUUAACCUCACUCAAAACAACUUCAUCUCAUCUUCACUUCAUUCUGAAUUUGGCAAUCUAAACAGGUUAGAGGUCUUAUCUCUUUCCAAUAAUGGAUUUGUAGGCCAAGUUCCUUCCUCGUUUAAUAGCCUAAGCCUUCUCUCCGUUUUAAAGCUUUCCAAAAAUGAACUAACUGGUAGUUUCCCACUUGUAAGGAAUCUAACAAAGCUCUCCUAUUUAGGCCUCUCUUACAAUUAUAUCUCUGGAACUCUGAAUCCCAACAGUACUAGCCUGUUUGAAUUGCACCACCUCCGUUACCUUAAUUUAAAUUACAACAACUUCAGUUCAUCACUCCCUUCUGAAUUCGGAAAUCUCAACAAACUAGAGUUCUUGUCUCUUUCCUUCAAUGACUUUUUCGGGCAAGUUCCUCCCACAAUUAGUAACCUAACCUCGUUAACCUACUUGUACCUUGACCACAACCAGCUCACUGGUAGUUUCCCACUUGUACAGAAUCUAACAAAGCUCUCAUUUAUAUAUAUCAAUGAGAAUCACUUCUCUGGAACAAUUCCUUCUUCUGUCUUCACCAUGCCUUUCUUAUCACGUCUCAAUCUGCGUGGAAACGAUCUCACCGGUUCUAUUGAAGUUCAUGACUCCUGUACCCCAUCUAGGCUCGAGAAAAUGUACCUUGGGAAAAACCAUUUUGAAGGAAAAAUCAUAGAACCUAUCUCAAAGCUCAUCAACCUCACACAUCUAGACCUUUCUUUCCUAAACACAAGCUAUCCCAUUGAUUUAAGCCUCUUUUCCUCGCUAAAAUCUUUGUCGUACCUAGAUCUUUCCGGUAAUAGUAUAUCUCCGGCCAGUUUAGAAUCAAAGUCAUCAGACAUAUCAACAAACUUGGAGAGAUUGUUGUUGCAAGACUGCGGCAUCAGCGAGUUCCCAAAUAUCUUAAAGAACCUUGAGAAGUUGGAGCUUAUUGCAUUAGGCAACAAUAGAAUCAAAGGGAAAAUACCGGAGUGGUUAUGGAAGCUUCCUCGUCUGUACACAGUGUUUCUUGGAAGUAAUUCAUUUACUGGUUUUGAAGGUCCGGCGGACGUUUUGGUGAACUCAUCGUUGGAGUUGAUAGAUCUGGAGCAAAACUAUUUUGAAGGAGCAGUUCCAGUCCUACCACUAUUUAUUAACUUCUUUAAUGCAGAAAGCAAUAGAUUCACAGGGAGGAUACCUCUCUCAAUCUGCAAUUGUAGAUCUCUCAAGCGUUUGUGGCUAUCUUACAACAACCUCACGGGUCCAAUUCCUCAAUGCUUGAGUAACUUGACGAUUGUGAAUCUCCGGAAGAACAACUUGGAAGGAAGUAUUCCUGACGUGUUUGUAACCGGUGCUUCUCUACAGGAACUUGACGUCGGACACAAUCGACUAACCGGUAAACUUCCAAGAUCUCUUCAGAAUUGUGCAUCUCUAGAGUUUCUACUUGUUGACCACAACAAAAUCAAAGACAAGUUUCCUUUCUGGCUCAAGGCUUUACCGAAUUUGCAAGUUCUUAUCCUUAGUUCAAACAAAUUCUAUGGCUCUAUAUCUCCUCCUGGUCAAGGUCCUCUCGGGUUUCCGGAACUACACAUAUUUGAAAUAUCGGAUAAUAAGUUCACUGGAAGCUUGCCACCAAGGUACUUUGUCAAUUGGAAAGCAUCGUCACUUACAAUGAAUGAAAAUGACGAACGUCUAUAUAUGGUACACGGGCAAAUUAGCUCCGGGGGAUUUUACUAUUACGUUAUGGUGACUAUAGAUUUGCAAUACAAAGGUCUGUUGAUGGAGCAAGAGAGGAUCAUUACCUCAUACGCGGCUAUUGAUUUUUCAGGGAAUAGAAUUGAAGGACAAAUUCCUGAAUCAAUUGGUCUCGUGAAAGGACUGAUUGCACUCAAAUUAUCAAACAACGCUUUCACAGGCCAUAUUCCUCUGUCUUUCUCCAAUCUAAGCAAUCUCGAGUCACUAGACCUAUCAAGCAACCAACUCUCAGGGACCAUUCCUGGUGGACUCGGGACCCUCUCCUUUUUGGAGUACAUUAAUGUGUCUCACAACCAACUCAAAGGGAUUAUACCACAAGGAACACAGAUUACGGGGCAGCCUAAAUCUUCCUUUGAAGGGAACGCAGGGCUUUGUGGUCUUCCCCUCCAGGAAACUUGCUUUGGGACUAAUGCACCACCUACACAACAACCUUCUGAAGAAGAAGGAGAAGAAGAGGAAGAAGUGUUGAACUGGAAAGGUGUGGCUAUAGGGUUUGGACCUGGAGUGUUGCUUGGACUUGUAAUAGCACACCUCACUGCAACAUACAAACCGGAGUGGCUCAUUAAGAUAAUUGGACCGAACAAGCGCAGAAAUCGCUAGGAUUGUUUUCAGUUUGAGUAUGAUCCUUCAAUGUAUGUCAAGUGGUUGAUGAUUCCUCUUGUAUGGAAGCAUGUUUUUAUGUUUGUUGUAUCGUUAUCUGAUGCUUUGUUUCUAUUUCGUUUUCUAUAAAGUAAGAAUGGUGAAUGUUUUGUAGUCAA